ACUCAAAUCUAGUAAUAUAGAUUUUGCCUUAAAAAUUAUUGAAAAAGUUCUAUUUAAACUAGUUUAACCGAAUUAAAACUACUUUUAAAGCUAGGCGUACGUUCGAGUGCAUGCGUUCGAGUAGGAAUUAAUUCGCUGUAAGUGCGGCAUCGAUGGAAAAAUGAAGAUUUGCUUUCUCGUUUCUUGACCAAGGAAAAUUUUCCCUCUGGAUGGAGACAUUCAGAUAGCUUACCAAUGAACAUCUGACGGCAUGGUUAAGAUGGCCGCAACCGAAGAGCAAGAUAGGAAAAUAGUACUGGAGUUCUGCCAUCUGUUGGAGAAGUCUAAGCAGCUGUUCAACGGGCUGCGAGAUCUCCCUCAGUACGGACACCGGCAGUGGCAGGCGUACUUUGGGCGUACCUUCGACGUGUACACGAAGCUGUGGAAGUUCCAGCAGCAACAUAGACUAGUCCUAGAUUCUAAGUACGGAUUAAAGCGAUGGCAAAUCGGUGAAAUAGCUAGUAAAAUUGGACAGCUCUACUAUCAUUAUUAUCUUAGAACAAGCGAAACAAAUUAUCUGAAUGAGGCUUAUUCGUUUUAUUCUGCGAUCAGGGGGCGUGCGUAUUACUCCCGUGCAAUCAAAGAGGACCGACCGGAUCUGAUGGUUAAAAAAUUACGUUACUACGCUAGAUUUAUUGUUGUUUGUUUACUGUUGAAAAAGAUGAAGCUAGUGAGAGAAUUAGUUAUCGAAUUAGAACGUCAGAUACAAGAGUACACGACGACGUACGAACCUGAGGAUCAACUGGAGUGGUCACUCGUUCUGGACGAGAUCAAGGGAUUUAUCAAGGCGGAGGCAGCCGUUGCGGUGCUUCAUGCGGACACGAAUCCCAUCGUUCUGUCGCACAGCGGUUCUGGUUCUAGGUUAAGUCCCCUGACGACGCCGCCGUGCGAGCGGACACCACACAUGACCCUCAGCCUUCAGGAAAUACUGAUUGUAGGGUCCGCCUGUGAACAGGCCAAGUUCUCAGAGCUCACAAUGGAUAUGUUUAGAAUGUUACAAACUCUCGAACGGGAACCAACGGAAUCGAUGCAUCCUCUGACGGGUCAUCCGAUGAGUACACAUGGCGGUCCUCAUGACGCUAGUCCUGCAGCAAGUAGAAUGCCACCGUACGGUGUGCCAGGGUCCAAAGGAUAUGUUGAGAAUGGAGAUAGGCGAGGAAUGCGUGAUAACCCUCACAAGUAUCUUCUGUAUAAACCAUCACUCAGCCAACUCAUGGUGUUUCUGUCGAGCGGCUUCAAAGAGUUGCCACCAGGAGGAGCGCUACUGUUGUACAUGUCUGCCGAUGGGUGUUUCUCGACUACGAAACACCCGCAAGAUUAUGGUUAUGAGUUGGGCGGGUUAGCAACAAGCGUCAAACGGGACGCGGUCGACGGUGGACUCGCGGUUAGGGGUAAAUCUAGCGCAGGCUACAAAGAACCACACUGUCUCUAUCCAGGAGAUCUGUAUCCAUACACGCGUAGACCACUGUUUAUAAUAAUCGAUUCGGAUAAUUCGUUUGUGUUCCAGCACAUACCAAGGUACUUUGGUCAACCACUUGUGAUAUUGAUGUCACCGCAAGACGUUCCGGCGAACUUCCAAGGUAUGAAUUUACAACAUCAUGGUUCCCUGUUCACUCUGUUCCUGCAUUCGCCUAUGACUGCGAUAUGCUACAUUUGUAACGUUGGCGACGUUCCCAUUCAUCAUUGGGAGCGAUGCCAGAAUUACGUGGAUCGAUUCGUCACAGAAGCAUCUCGACUGGUGACACGAUGUCGGAUGGAUGAGAUAGAACAGGGCAUAGGCUACAUAGAUUCGUCUUACGUACAAUUCUUUGGGGACGAUUUUCUACGCACACUAAUCCUUCGGUUUGUAUUCUGUGAUGUGACCUUACGACUACACCGCGGCUUCCGUGGGCGACAUCAGCGGCCACGCUGCGAACCUCCUUUGCCGGCAGCAGAACUGGUGGAGCAUCCAUCGUUAGCUCACAUCGUACUGCAACUAGCGUCGGCGUUAGACGUCAGGGGCCAUUUUGUCGAGGGUCCCGAAGGCGAUUGAUGGAGGAGGUCAUCCGACCGGAAAGUGGCUGACCAAUGGGGUAGUAUCAAUAAGCCCAGUUACGUUGUUGGUGAGCUACUGCUGCAAUUUUCACUAUUGAAAGAGAAACGGGAGCGAACUAUUGGUAAGCGUAACAUUUUCGAUGACUGGUUGUCGUCGAUGGACUGCGACAAGAUUGUGUUUGUACUGGCACUCAUCGCUAGUGAAGUGAUCGAUGGUGGCGGUGAUCGUAUGGAAUGUUGUCUCGAGAUGCAAUACUACGCUAGAAAGCUUUUUAUGAUUUGAGCACUAAUAUACCAGGGGCAGGCCGCGAGAAGAAUCAUUACAUGAGACAGAAUGUCAAAGCUAGGAACUCACAAAGGAUAUAACGGAUGCUUUGUUACUAUUUCUAUUUAUUUUAUGUAUGUUUAUAGCUUUUUACGCUAAUUGUUGUUACUUAUACACUAUAAUAGAGCAAUGGAAAAGACGAAAUCGUGUAACGGAUUGUGUAUUUUGUACUCACUCUGCGAUACAAUUUCACUAGAUAUCAAUAGAAACUCACUCGCUAUAGCUACUGACAAGUAGAUUCAAAUAGUAGGCAGAAAACAAAUCUUAGGCUGAUCGGAUGGAUUUUUGAGUAAGUUGCUUUAAUAGAAUUACGUGUACUGAAACGUUUUCGGAAGCCUUGAACUGGAAAAACCGUAUGUGCGCGAACAGCUUGAUAUCAUGAACAUUGAGAAUUCAAGCAAACAGAAUGUUUCAUGAAUUAUACGAAUGAACUGGAAAUGAAAAUCAUAUAUCGAUUUUGGGCUCUCGGUGAGUGUGGUAUUUGAUAUCGAAGACGAUUUUGUUAUUCUUUGAGAGAUUCAUAUGACAUUAGAGUUAUUAUCAGAAAGUUGUUUUGAACCAUUCUACGAGAAUUGACCUCUCACACACACUGAUUAUGCCGCAGUUUUGAUGAAAUGUAGCGGCUCAAUACCUGGUAUGUUACAUUUCGUAUUCCUUGCAGCAAAGUCUGCAGUAACUAGAUGUAAAUUAGCAUAGUAUCACUUAAGAAUCACCCAACACGGAAGUGGAUUUCAUAUGACUUACCUCGUUUAAUGUAUACAGCAGUGAUGUUCAACCUUUUUCGUUCCAUGUACCCCUUUCCGAAUAUUGAAUCUUUUCAUGAACCUCCUUGAUUAAAAUUGCUUACCUCUCUGUCAGAAAAGAAAAGAAAUAUUCAAUUGGAUGAAUGCCAUAGUUUUUCAAUUUGAACUCUGUUCCUGAACACUCUCAGACAUAGUUUUUAUUCUUGGCUCGCAUGAACCAAUAUUUAAGGGUUCUGAGAGGAAUGUUAGGAUAACAAGUUAAAGUUUACCCCGCAUAAUUCACCGCCUAUAAUAGUCUAAUUCACCCCCGGUUGAAAACCGCCGGUAUACAGGGUGGCAAAGUGAAAGUGAUAUAGAGGAUCUCGGGCUAUUUUGCCGUAUUUUCAAUUUUUAUUUUGUAUCGCUUUGAUUUAAGUAGGUCGUGCAAAAUAUACAAGUUGCAUAAAAGGGCAGACUGUUGGUAACAUCUAAGAAUUUUUUCAACAUGUGGAAAUAGCUCUUCUACGAUAACUUUCAUUCUCUCCGGACCCCGCCAGUCUUCUUAUCAUCGCCAUGAUAACUCCAUAGGCGUCGCCCACGGAUUUGAAUUGGUUUUGCGAUAUAGCUCGGCAGGGAAGCGGAAGGCUCUCUUACUAAGCUUGAUUACCUUGUUAAGUGCGGUUCGUGCAGUAUUACACGCUGGUCUUAGAUCUGCUCAUUCAACGUCGCUAUAGGUUCUCUGCAUUCUCCUGCAGGCUCCGUGGCAACUAGUACGUAGGUCAGCAAUCUUUGAGUUCCACCAGAAGGCUUAAUUGGUGUAAUCUUUCAUGGCAUGGUUGCAUUGCACGCUCUUGCUAAUGCCGUUAUCAUCUCAUCUGUACUGAAAGUACAGAUUAUUGCACUCGAAUCUCAACGCUUCGAUGAAAUCUCUUUUGUUGAACAAUAACGAAGUUUUCCACCUCUGCUAGUUUGAUUGAAUCACACACGCUUCCAACUGCCGCUUUUAAUAGUGUACUGGAUCGCUUGGUGGUCACUGUGGAUGUAAUCCUCGCACACUCUCUAGUUCAAGCUUCCCGUGGCAGCAGUAUGUAACAUUAAUAACCGUUUUUCGAUGUUUCCGGCGGUGUUGAUGGUACCAUUGUUGGCAACAUCGAUGUUCAGUUUUGCAAAGGCCUCAAGCAGACUGCUUCGAUCGGUAAGCUCUUCUGUCAGUUCAUCGGAUAUUUCUGUAAAUUGAUCGAUCGUUCAUCGCGGAGUACGCGCCUGCAGAAGAAGGCUUCAUUAAUUUUGGCGAUAGUAAAGCCUUCAUCUGCGCGAUAAAGCUCUUCCGGCUGGAAUACGAAGUGACACUUAAACUUCGUUGCAGAUUGCCGCAGCAACUGUUGUGUAGAAGGGCAUUGCAAACAAAAAUUUCUCGUAUUAUGACAAAUGUCAAAGUAAGCUCAGAUGCCAAAUUACACAUCAUUUGGACAAUUCUUGACUCCCGCCCACUUGGCUUGAAAUUAUGGAGGAAAAAUAUGGCUUUUGAAAUUAUGAAGGAAAAAUAUAUUAAAUGCUAUAACUUUUGAAGUAGCAAUUAGAAAAUAACAAUUUAUACCUCUUUUUUAUAGAAAUAACCUUAGUAUUUGAAUGGAAAUAUUCCAGUUUCUAGAAAAAUACGGAAAAGGUAGGUACUGAGUCAUUUUGGCCCCAAAAUCCCCUAUAUUUAAAAAAAAUUCCGUGAUGCAAAUCGUAGACAUUUUGCAGUAUUUCUAAUGUGAAAAAAUCUCAGAAAUCGAACGGAACCUUUCUGACCUUUUUCCGAAUACGAGAAGUUGGGGUUAUUGGGCCUUUUGUUAUUCAUAUAAAAAUUUAUCAUUUUCUCGUGCAUAUAUCUCUAUUAUUCUGCAAUCAAUUAUCAUAAAAUGUAACUUGUUGAACGUGAAAAAUUCUUAGGAAUACAAUGAAAAUAGAUUCGUUAGCGGUAAAAUUCAGAAACAUCAAUUUUUUUGACAUUAACUCUAUAAAUUACAUGUUUUUCAUUAAAAGUCCUAAUACCCCAACUUCCCCCAUUUUUCCACGAUGGAAACUUUUCUCAUUAGAUCCCCAAGCGUAUUUCAUACUAAAUGGAGGUAAUAUGUGCGAUUUUAUGAUAAAAAUGUGAAAUCGAGACUACAUGUCAGAUAGUUUGAUGUUUCUGAAUAUUACCGGUAACGAAUCUAUUUUUAUUUUGUUCCAACAAGAUACAAUUUGUUAAAAUUGAGUGAAGAAUAAUAGAGCAAUAUGCACGAAAAAAUGAUCAAAUUUAAUAUGAAUAACAAAAGGUCUU